UCAAAUCUGUAAUCCAUUCCUACGUUCACCAUUAGAUGGAGAAGUAUUUCCGGUUACACCCGACUAAUGCAGUCUUAGUCCAAUUAAAUCACACGAAAGCCUUUGGGUUUGGGAUCUCAAUCGAGUCCAGAUAGAAGCGUCUGCGGUGAACUAAGCAGUGAUGGAGGGCAUCAGCGGGGUGCCCUAAUGCCACUUUGACACAGUGUUUCUAGAAUCUUUUGUUAAAAGACUACAUCGUUGUUGCUUAAUAAAUAGCCUACCAAGCGCUUUUUCAUAUAGGCAGAGGUGGAUCGCGACGAUAGUUUUUUUACUUUCGUUAACUGAUGCAUAACGGACUCGGUUUUAUGGUAGUAGGCUUAAAACGAUUAGCGGCGCGCCUUUGUAAUUAUGUGUACAAAUUAGGCUACAAUCUUGUGGAGAGUGAGUUCUCUCCAUCCUGGGAACGGUGUCAGUGAAACAGUCCGCCUUCGUUCUUUGUGGUGAAUUAUCAGAAGUAGGCCUGCAACUAUGCACACUGCAUUCUGCUCAUCGUUUUAGGGCAGCAUGUCUCGAACGCACAAAAUAAACAGAUAUUAGAUGUAGCCUACUCGCUUGGAUAGAGUAGAAACCUACACGUAGACUUGGCAGUACGUGACAUAAUGGGAGAAGUAUGUUUCAUUUUUCAAAUGUAACCAGACACUUAGAAACUGACACGGGACUACAUCCGAUGGAUCCACACUAAAUUAGGGAGAUCUCUCAUCGCCAACCUUUCAUUAGCCUAAACCUUACGCGGCAUUUCCUACCAGCGGUGCAAUGCAUGGUAUGCGCUUGUUCCGCAACUACUCGGCGCAGUAAUGUUCUCACGGCUCAAAAUUCAAAGGGUGUUUUGAUGUCAUCGUCCCCUGUUUUGCCCACUAUUUCUUAAACAAUGGUAGGAAAAAGGUCACUAAUAUUUCCUGCAACAGGGGCUCUAUAAGGAGCGAAGUUCCGCUCUCUGUGGAGGCUAGUUCCCACAAGUCUGGCGUGCCUGGCGAAGCAGUCAGGUUCUCUCCCAGGCUCUGGCAUUCACGUGUGUGUGUGUAUCCGUCUGUGUGUUUGUUUAUGCGUCUGGGCCUGCCUCCACAGAGACUGGUUUGUGCUCUGAGCCAGGCGGACUCGUCCCAGUGCUGAGUGUGAGGGACUAUGCUGCUGCUGCUGGCGCUGGGCACGGUCUUCACUUACACUGUGGUCAGCACGGAGGAGCCUGAGGACAGAAGCCACAAACUCAACUACAGCAGCUUCUCCCUACCGAAGGAACAUAUCCCGUACUUCUUGCGCAACAACAGGAAAGUUGCCGAACUCUGCCGACGGGACCCGCUCUGCCCUUUCAAAGAUGCCCUGCUGGUUAAGCGUGUCUGUUGGGGGUACGAGAAGAACUGCUCCCCUGAACACAGAAUAGGGUACCCAGUCUGCUCCACAGUAGACUCUGGAUGGGCCAGCUCAGUCUCAGCAGCCCAGGAGCUCUUCUGGAAGCAGGCAGACUUUGGCUACGUGGCGGAACGACGAAAUGAACUGAAAACACUUUGCAAGCCCUUAAAUCCAGGGGACUCCUCUCUGAAAUGCACCAGUCACAUGCGUUUCUGCCGGGUCACUAAUCUGUACUUGGACCUGAGGAAUCCCCGUAGAGGUCAUGAGAGGUACAAGGAGGACUUCUUGCAGAGGGGGGAGAUCGGGGGCCAGUGCCGGCUCAAGGGUAAAGCGCUGGCCGCGGAGGGGCAGCAUAAGAGCCCCCUCCAGUCCUGGUUUGCAGAAUUAGAAUCCUACACAGAACUGAACUUCCAUCCAGUAAAGGAUGGCCACUGUGAUGUGGUUGUCAAGAAGCCUACAGUAUUCAUGAAACUUGAUGCAGGGGUGAAUAUGUACCACCAUUUCUGCGACUUUGUCAACCUCUACAUCUCCCAGCACCUCAAUAACUCCUUUAGCAGAGACAUCAACAUUGUUAUGUGGGACACUAGUGUUUAUGGCUACGGAGAUCUCUUUGAGGACACGUGGAGGGCCUUCUCUGAUUCCAACAUCGUUCAUUUGAAAACCUUUGAUUCGAAAAGGGUAUGUUUCCAAGACGCAUUCUUCUCACUGCUCCCAAGAAUGAGAUACGGCCUCUUCUACAACACUCCACUGAUCUCGGACUGCCACAGUGAGGAGGGGAUGUUUAGGGCGUUCUCCCAGCACGUCCUUCAUCGGCUCAACAUUCCACAGGAAGCACCCACGGAUGGACGGGUUCGCGUCACGCUGCUGGCCCGGAGCACAGAGUACCGUAGGAUAUUGAACCAGCAGGAGCUUAUAAACGCCCUGAAGACCGUGCCUUCAUUUGAGGUCAGGAUUGUGGAUUACAAAUACAAAGAUAUGCCUUUCCUGGAGCAGGUCAAGAUAACGCACAACUCCGACAUCUUCAUCGGGAUGCACGGCGCGGGCCUCACUCACCUGCUCUUCCUGCCAGACUGGGCCGUCAUCUUUGAGCUAUAUAACUGUCAGGACGAAAGCUGCUAUCGAGAUCUGGCACGGCUGCGGGGGGUUCGUUACGUGACUUGGCAGAAAAGGGACAAAGUGGUCCCGCAGGAUAAGGGCCACCACCCCACGCUGGGGGAGCACCCCAAGUUCACCAACUACUCCUUCGACGUGGAGGAGUUCAUGCGGCUGGUGCUGCGGGCCGCCGAGCAUGUGCGGGGGCACAGGAAGUGGCGCGCCGGGCGGCACCGGGACGAACUGUGAGACGGCCCAGCGGCAAGGGCACCAGAGCGACCCCUCACACUCCUCCCUCUUCAUCGCUUUACUCCUUUUCAAAACACACCAGCUUUCAGCCGACUCCGCUUAUGAACUGGCAGGAACUCAUUUGUCCGUGUUUUCGCUCUACACUCAUUAGUAGACGGCGCAGAAAAAGGGACCUCUGCUCUCCCAGCCGCUAUAGCUCAGCCUCUGUGCACACAGGCAGCCACGCCACCACAGCAGCAGCCGCAGCAGCUUCGCUCUAGGGAAGAGGGGGUGUCAGUGGGGUGGGGUGUGGAAUGGAUGUGUGUGUGUGUGUGUGUGUGUGUGUGUGUGUGUGUGUGUGUGUGUUGUAGUCAGCCUGUGGGUUCAUCAGUGUGUCCGGUAUUUGAGUGAGCCCUCUGCUCCAGGACCCCUGACCUAAUUAGAGCCUUCAUUAAUAGGGGAGAUGAGUUUCACAGCGUGCCCGUCGGCGAGAGGGCGGGCAGCUCCUAGCGCGUGUUAGCACCUGUCCAUGCA